AUGACUCCUCAACCUCCAGCAUUCCAGUGGUGGAUCAAGAUUUUUGUCAUUUCGUGCGUGGUGACCGUCUUUAUUGACCCACUAAUGUUGUUCUUCUCCUCUGUUCAUAAGGAAGACAUAUGCAUUGUGCUCAACUGGUCCAUGACAACGACAAUGCUUUUUUUGAGGAGCGGGACUGACUUCAUAUAUCUCCUGCACAUACUUCUUCAAUUUAGGUUGCCUUACGUAGCUCCUAUUACUAGAGAUGUCGGUGUCGCUCUCCGUUAUCUCCGAGGAUACUUCUUUCUAGAUCUUUUUAUUGCGGUUCCACUUCCACAAAUAUUGAUAUGGCUAGUUCUACCAAAAUUCGAUAGUUCGUCAGCAUCAUAUCAUGCAGAGUAUCUUUUACGCACAGGCGUUAUUGUCCAGUACAUUCCAAGAUUGUAUCGAGUUUUGCCAUUGCUUACGGGUCAGUCCCCUACAGGCUUCAUUUUUGAGUCGGCGUGGGCAAAUUUCAUCAUCAACCUUCUCAUGUUUGUAUUGGCCAGCCACGUCGUUGGUUCAUGCUGGUACCUUCUUGGGUUACAGAGGGUUUAUCAAUGUCUUCAGGAAGCAUGCGAACCUGCAGACCUGUGUAAAUUUUUGGAUUGCGGACAUGGGGACAAGAUUAAGGGAUUCGGAAAAAAUGAAUCAGUAUGGAAAAUGUGGAAAACAAACCCGAAAGCUAUUGAUUGUUUCAACCCCAGAGGUGAUUUUAAAUAUGGAAUUUAUGAAAACAGUGUUCCUCUUACCCGAGAAGAAAGUGUGGUCACGAGAUAUGUGUUUUCGCUGUUCUGGGGAUUCCAGCAAAUAAGUACUCUAGCUGGAAAUCAAACUCCAAGCUACUUUGUCCCAGAAGUCCUGUUUACCAUGGGCAUUAUUGGAUUGGGCCUCUUGCUCUUUGCUCUUCUCAUUGGAAAUAUGCAGAACUUUCUCCAGGCUCUUGGAAAAAGGAGGUUGGAAAUGUCAUUAAGGCGUCAUGAUAUUGAGCAAUGGAUGCAUCACAGACGCUUACCUGAACAGCUAAGAAGAAAACUACGCGAAGCUGAGCAAUACCAUUGGGCUGUCACUAGAGGAGUCGAUGAAGAAAUGUUUCUCGAGAACUGUUCUGAAGAUCUUCAGAGAGAUACAAGACACCAUCUCUUCAAAGUUGUGAAAGAACUAAAAUUUUUUGCAGUGAUGGAGGGUCACGUCACAGAUGCAAUUUGCAAGAAGUUGAGACUAAAAACAUACAUCGAAGGAAGCAAGAUCCUGCAAACCGGUGCUCUUGUUGAAAUGAUGGUUUUUAUUGACAGUGGGAAAAUUGACAGCGCAGGAGACGACGGAUUUACGAGUUUUUGUGAAAGAAAGUUCUACGGGGAAGAGCUUCUAGCUUGGUGCCUCAAGAGUUCUUCUGUAAGCAGGGAUGGACGAAAGACAAGAACACCUGGAAACCGGUUGCUGAGCAACAGAACAGUAACAUGCCUGACAGAUGUUAAAGCCUUUGCACUACGAGCAGAAGACCUUGAAGAAAUCACCAGACUAUAUGGAGAUUUCCUGCGCGAGCCAAAAGUUCAAGGAGCCAUAAGGUACAUAUCACCAUACUGGAGAGGACUUGCAGCAACUCGCAUCCAAGUCGCUUGGAGAUCCAGGAAGACUAGUCGUGCUGACACUUUUCACGGUCACAGCAUCCUUCACAUUAGCUUUGGUAAUGGUAUCAAUGAUUGGUGAAUCUGCAGAUCCAUUCUCAACUCCUUUGGAAAUAUUACUCAAAUGGGGUUUCUUUCCUAUAUUUUAAAUACUCUGUACGGUACCUACUAAGUUAUUGGAUGUUCUUUUAAUGGCUUCAGUAUCCACGGAAUUAUUAACAAUACCUUUUUAUGGAUAAAUUUCAAAAUCCAUUUCACCGAUAAACUACAUUCCUCUGCUGUCUGUAUUUAUACUAGGUUCCAGUCACAUUGUGACUGCAAAUUGUAAGA